AGCUCGGCGCUCGUCCUCAGUGCCUGCCGGCGCCCGCGGGCCGCACUGCCGCCCGGCUCGGCCCCUGCCCAGGGCUGCUGCUCCCUCCGCCGGCGCCCGGGGGGCCGCGGCGGCCGUGAGGUGGGGGCGGCCGCGGGAGGCGGCGGGGCUGGCCGCCGGCUCACGUUCCGGGGGCGCAGCGCGGCGGGCGUAGGUCUAUGUCGCGGGCGGCGGCGGCGGCGGCGGCCGCGGAGGGACGAUGCGCGAGUACAAAGUGGUGGUGCUGGGCUCGGGCGGGGUCGGCAAAUCCGCCCUGACCGUGCAGUUCGUGACCGGCACCUUCAUUGAGAAAUACGACCCCACCAUCGAGGACUUCUACCGCAAGGAGAUCGAGGUGGACUCGUCGCCGUCGGUGCUGGAGAUCCUGGACACCGCGGGCACGGAGCAGUUCGCGUCCAUGCGGGACCUAUACAUCAAGAACGGCCAGGGCUUCAUCCUCGUCUACAGCCUCGUCAACCAGCAGAGCUUCCAGGACAUCAAGCCCAUGCGGGACCAGAUCAUCCGAGUAAAGCGGUAUGAGAAAGUGCCAGUCAUCUUGGUUGGGAACAAAGUGGACCUGGAAAGUGAGAGAGAAGUGUCAUCCAACGAAGGCAGAGCCCUUGCUGAAGAGUGGGGCUGCCCCUUUAUGGAGACUUCUGCUAAGAGUAAAACAAUGGUGGACGAACUCUUUGCUGAGAUUGUGAGGCAGAUGAACUAUGCCGCCCAGCCUGACAAGGAUGCCCCGUGCUGCUCCGCGUGUAACAUCCAAUAGCACCCAGCACGGCCGUCCUGGGCGGGACUUGCCCCAGGCUGCAGGCGACGCACACCUCGUCUGCUCCACCGUGGAGUAGCCGGAUGUGUGGUGUGAGAUCUUCAGCGGAAAGUGGCAGCUCUUAUUCAGAAUUGAGCAGUGGGUGUUAGUUGAUAUCUCUAGCAUUUGGGUUCAGUAACUACCGUUUUCAUCACUGCCCAUGGUCUCCUCUGCACGCCUGCAACCUUUGAAGACAUAGCCAAUCGACUACAGGGUGAUCUCCUUUGAAAGCUACGGUAGCAUUGUCGCUGAAUUGACAGAAGCAACUAUUGUGUAAAUUAAAAAUAAUCAUGAGAGAGAAACCAGAAGAAUUCCUCUGGCCACUUACAAUUGAAAUAUUUUAUCUUCUUUAAAAAAAAAAGUAAAGGAGAAAUAUUUUCCUACGAGAGUACUGGAUUUCAGGACCUAAGAUAGUGCUUCUUACCAAUGUAUUCCGUCUAGUAAGAUACUAACAGCUGACCUGCCAACAGCAUUCCAGGGAGAGAUUCUUUGCUCAGCUUACAUACUCUGUUUUUCAAAAUUGAUGCUUAAUUGUAGAUGUUAUCCUAAUUUGUGAUACAGAACUAAUUCAUUCAUCCAUCCUUGAUAGAGCAAAAGUCAGAACAGGUUGUGUAAAAAUACAACCUGGCUUUAGAAUGUUUUAAAUCACCUGCUUUGCCACAGAAAAUGGAGGCUCUCACGCGGGUUUUAUCCGAAUUAAAACUUCAAACCCACCCUCUGUUAACCAAGCAGGGACGGUCUUUAUUAUUUUGCUGAACAAGAAGGAAGCAACUGUGAUGGGAAGCGAUUGCCUAGCCUUACUAACGAGAAGCGUUCUAGUAGAUGAACUAGUACCAUCAUGGAAGGAAAAUGAAGCCAUGUUGCAUCCACAUGUUCCCUUUUGCAGAAACUUCGCAGGACAGUACAGAUAUCUUGCAUUUUUAAUGUUGAUUAAAGCAGCAGAUUCCUUCUUGCCUUUAAGGGCUAUGGUUGUGUGAUUCUUGGCUAACCUGCUUUCAAAAUCAAGGUUGCUGUAGCAGAGCUUUAUUGCAAGCAUUUAAAAAGUUGAAAAACCAUGUUAAAAAAAAAUUUGGACCUAAAAGUAGAACAUAAAUUAACAGAGCAGGUGAAGGACAAAAAAAAAAACCCCUUUAUCUUUAAUUUUCCUGGAGAAUUCUAUAAAGAUUUUCUUACAAAGAUUUUGCCCUGAUUACUGAAGUAGCAAAUAAAGCUAGAGUGAAUAUUUUGUUUUGAAAAGGUGCUCAAGCUCUGACAUUUUUGGUUUCCAUAGCCGUGAAGUAUUUCUCAUUUGCAUGACUAAUGGCACAGGAAAAAACCUAUUCAUAAGUUUUACAAUCAAGCAUAGAAGGGUUUUCAACCAACUUCAGAGUUAUAAACGCUGGAGAGAGUAUCUUGAGCUGAUCCUCUGGAGAUAAAUUUGGCCUGUGAUCUACAUGCCACCCCACAUUUUGGUUUUCUUUUUCACUCUCUUGUGCAAGUAACCUCUGGUCUUACAUGUGUAACUGAGAGAAGAGUGUAUGUUUUUGUGCGCAUGUGUGUUCAGUGUUCCUAAGAAUUUGGCACAAGUUGGAAGUAGUUGCCUAUGCUGAGAAUCUCUACUGCAGAAUAUAGUGUAUCAAAAACAUUUUUUUCUUUUAAAUUAUUUAAGUGUUUUAUACAUGAUUGAAAUCAGUGGUAGCCCCCAAGUGUUUAGUAAACUGACAUUAAGCUUAGAAGAUAGAAAAAAGGUGGAUAAGUACUUUUCAUAGAUGAGAAAACUAUGUGGGUAAACCCAGGCCAUGGUUGUCAAAAGUCUUGGAAUUGUGAAUAUUCACGUCCUUUAGUUUUUUUAUAACCCCCAAUUAUGAGGCACCUUGUUUAUAGAAUACAAAGUUCUGACCAGUUUUACUGAAAUAAAUUUCAUUAUGUAAAAGUUGAUUUGACCCAAACACUUCUAUCACUGAUCUACUGAAAUAGAAAUAUUUGUUAGUGAAUUGGUUAUGUUCUAAAACCUCUAACUUCUCAGUAACUUUUUUUAGAACUCCAUAUUUAAUAGCAAUUUAUGACAACUAAAGUUACAUUAUUAGAAACAUCCAUAAACAUUCUACAACUUUACAGUAUGGACUGCUAUGCAGACAAGAAAAAGAAGUUAAAUAAUAUGAAAGGUAUGGUGAAAUACAAGGUGGAAAAGAUUAUCUAAAAAUUUGGGUCUUAGUUAGAAAUGUUUGUGUCAGACAGUAAGGUGAGCAACUUUUCUUGUAAAGUUGUUAAUAGUAACCAAGCUGGCUGCCUGAAGGGUGUUUCCACACAGGCCUACAUGCUUAGUAACAAAUUUAAAAAAUAUUUGGAAUCAUGGAAACCCUCGCGUGCUCUUACUGUUGGUGUUUCAUCUGGUAGGAACAUAACUCAGCAUGAAUGAAUGUGCUUGUUGAGAUGUUAAUAAAAAGCUGAAGAACAGAAAGAUUACAUUUGUUGGCACAUGAAAUAAUAGGGCCUACAGAGAAAAGUUGGUGACCUUGUGUCACUAUUUAUUUUAUGCCCUGAUCAGACUAGCAACUAGAUAAGUGAAAGCUUUUCUAACAUGCCUUAAAAAUGUUAUGGUUUGAUCCAAAGACCCACUUUUUCUUUAGCUCUUUGUGAUAAGGUUUUCUUUUGUUUCCAUUUUGUCUUGGUUUACUUUUAUACAAAGCAGCAUUUUUUAAAGUCUUUUCCUUUUAUGUUGCAGCUUUUAAGCUGUGAUAGUGAUGGUAACCAAUCCCUUUCAUUUUGUUCAACUUACAUGAAACACGCCAGCAUCUGAUCCAAAGUAUUACAUAAAAUCUUUCUUAAACUAUUGAAAGGUGCUUUGAUGAUUUUCUUCUUUGGUUUGUAGAUUAGGACUGAACUUUUAUUCUAAUCACUACACUUAGUUGCCAUCACUUUUCUGUGGUCAAACUGCUAAUAUUUGCUUUUCUGUAUAAAGAAGUGUUGCCUGAGGAUGUCUGCUAUUUGUUCUCACGAGCUUUCCAGUGGGAAUGGUGUCUAUGUAUGUAUGAAUAUGAAAGUGUUUAUUUUGUUUGUAGCUGUUGUUUUCUUGUUUUCUUUUUAAGUAUUUUGCUCUCACUAAUCUUGCGUUUCCACUGGGUAAGCUUUAAUUGUCUCCUUAGCCAGUCAAAUGUUAAAGACUAUGGGGGUCUUUUUUUUUAAUUUGUCAUUGUGCAUCUGUUAAUCUUGAUCAGGGUUUCAAGAAUGAUUGCAGUGGGUUUUGGAAACAGACUUAUCAUUAUUGAUUUGGGGUUUCCCAGAGAUAUAUAAUUCACAGUUAAUUGUUGAGCUCUAAUACAACUGACCAUUUAAAAUUGAACAACAGUUUAUUGUUUUGUAACAAUGUCAGUUGUUAAACCUUGACAUUUCAAUUAAAACAUGAAUUGUAGUUAUGACUCAAUGAAAAUUCAACAGUUGUAUUUGGAGUUAAAUUAUUUUAACAAAUAAAUUUAUUUAAUGAAACUUC